AUGCCUAUAGCAUCAACCCAUCACCAUCGUACUUGUACACUAUCACCUCCUAUAGCAACCUCCUUAACCUCUCCAGCCGGUGCCCCAUCACGCACCACGGUCCCCCACCACAGCAACACAGCACAUCCACCUACCCCAUCCAGCCUAGCGCCCUCGACCACUUGCCCGCAGUUCUCCCGCCACGCCCACCACAAACCACAAAACCUCUUCCAUCCUUCCUUCGCUCCACCACCACCACAACCACUCCCCCAUCACCACCACCGCUGCCGCCGCACCCCCGCCUCGGCGACAGCGGCACCCCAGCACGAGGUAAGCCUUGCACAUUUCCUCUUUCCACACAACAAUAACAACAACCUACCCACGGUGCCUGCACUGCUCUCGCUUGCAAGUGCUCGCAGGCUCGCCUUCUUCCCUGAUGAUCCAAACCACAAUGCAUAG